AUAGAAAUAUGAAUUAAGUAAUGUGUGUUGAGUGUAACCAGUUAAUGGUAUUUUUUUAACAUGUAUUUUUAUAAAUAAAAUACAGUUCGAAUGUGUUACAAAUGCGCGGUCGAUUUCGAACGCAAGUGCUCAAUGCGGAAGUUCACGAGCGGUAUUUCUCGCUCAACGUUCCACAGAUAUGUGUUACAUUGUAACCUCUUGUCGCCAGUAGCCUGGUAAUCAGCACUUUGAUGUGCUUCAUCCAGACGUGGUCUAGCGGGAUACAUCUUAACUGGUGUUUAACGAACGAAGUUAGCAAAAGUAGCUGGUACAUUCAAAAUGGCUUCCUCUGUCGCUUCCCAUUCCCUCUCAAGUUCCUAUGUUUGCUUCUGAAAAGGCCAACAUGUACUCCAAGGGCACCAAACGCAAGUUCUCUGAUGGUGUGGACAACAAGGCGGUGGCGGCAUCCUAUAGCCUGCAGCGCCAGUCCCUGCUGGACAUGUCCCUGCUCAAGCUGCAGCUGUGCCACAUGCUGGCGGAGCCCAACCUGUGUCGCUCGGUGCUCAUCGCCAACACGGUACGCCAGAUCCAGGAGGAGAUGGCCCAUGACGGCAGCUGGCAGGUGGUCACAGAGGCCUUAGGUGGCUCUGGCCAUGGCCCAUCUGACCGCUUGGUGGACACCGAGGUUCUGUGCCAGUCGCCGGAGCAGCAGGACGGUGGGCCUAGGCUAUACUCAGUGAUGGGCUACGACGGCUGCCGUGAGGAGGAAGUGGUGACGGACCAGGCACUGUGUUCUGUGGUGGUUGGCGACAGGGCCCCGGCCCUCCUGUUGGGGACCAUUGGCCACUGCUGGGACAGGGGGGAACUGAGAGUGGAGGAUGGGGUCAGCAAAGACUCCGGUACAGGGGACGAGGAGGGGACGAUGUCUGGGGAGGGUGCUAAAAUGGCAACGGGGCAGGUGUUUGGGACUUUCGAGAUCAAGAACGGUGCCCCCGGGUCAGACCCGGCACUAGAGGAGCUGUUCUCUGACGUUGAUGCCUCGUAUUAUGACUUGGACACCAUGCUGACAGGCAUGCAGAGUGCCCCCAAGAUGGGGCCUUACGACUUUCUGGACAGCUUGGCCUCCUCACACGGCUCUGUGUCCAACUCCAGCUGUAGAGCCGAUCUCAAUGAACUUGACCACAUUAUGGAGAUCAUUGUGGGUUCAUAGCUUACAGACUUAAAACUUGAAUACUGUUUCAUUGAUCUUGUGCCACUGCCUUUUUGUCUUGUAUGUGCGGACAUACAGUAUUUACACACUUUCCUCUGUAUGGAAACUGAGUGAAAUCCAUCUCUGUGCAAUGAAAUGUUCAUCUGAAAAGGUUCAUACUUUCUCAAGUUCACCACCCUUUUUCUUAUGUAUACUUUCUUUAUGUUUGUAUUUGAGUGUGUUCUCUCUUCUGUUUUUUUUAAUGUAGUUUCUGGUUUAAUUUAUUGUACUUAUUACACUACAUCAAUUCAGAGCAGCACAACAUAUUUACAUAAACUAUAAAUAUUUUCUUUAAAAAUAUAUAUAAGAAAAAUAUUGUUAAAACGUUUCUGUAUAAAUAUACACAUAUAUUUUUUUACUAAAGAGACAGUCUGGGAAUUGUUCUUUUUUUUCUAUAUUUCUAUAUCCAGAACAAUUGCACAAAAGCUCUAAUUUACCUGUUGUCUUCCAAAGGUUUAACUUUGGUUGUGUCUUUGAGCUACAAGAGUAAAGAUGCAUUGUCGAAAAACGUGAAUUGCGUUCAGUAUGGUCACAAUGUGAUGCACCCUUGUCUUGGUCUAUGAUUUGGUGCUACAGUAUAUGCACCAUGUACAGUAUUCCUUAUAAACACAUUGCCUUCUUGAGCCAUACAGUUUGUUUUUGCACCACGGCUAGCUUAACCUCACAGCCUAGCAUGUGGUGCCAUUUGUUUGCUAUUAGAAAUAACAUAUGUUCUUAUAUUUGUGUCUCAUUACAAAUGAGGAAUUGUAAUGGGUAUAUUUCUCAUUUUAUGUUAUGACUUUUAGCCUAUUUUAUUUAUUAAGUGUAAACAUAUGGUGGCGUUAAACCUUGGUAAUACUUAAGGUUGUAGAAGAUUUUCAUCUUUCUGACAUUAAUUGAUAUUUUGAAAUCCUAAUGAGUUUCUGGACUUUCAUGCAUACUUUUAGUGAAGUUAUUACUUUCUUAUUCAAAACAAACUGAGAACAUGUAAAGAAUUGUGCUUUUCAGCUGACCUAUUCCAACAAGUUUUUAUUUAUUUCUUAUUGCGUUCAAAGCCUGCACUCAGGCACAAGUUAAUAUUGUGAGAAAACAACUGAUUGCUGAUUAAACAGACAUGAGGUGGGA